CACCACCAAACGACGCCUCCCCUCGCCUUCGCCUCCCUGCCCUUUCCCUCUCCCCGUCCCCCCAGCCGACCUCAACACCCCGCUCGAUCGCCGCGGGAAGACACCGCGUGGUGGUGGAUCCGUCCCCUCUUCCCCCCUCCCCCCUUCUCACACCUUACCCCCUCACCCGCGUGCGCUUUGGUUCCUCCUCGCUUCUCCUCUCGCGUCGAAUCGCCGCCGCUGCCGCCGCCGCCACAAUCAUCCCGAGUAGCUGCCACGGGAUCCGCGUUUAGGGCUUCGCCGCCUCGUCCCUCCCGUUGUGGAUUAGAAUAAUUUCCGCGGAAUUGGUUGAUUCGCGGGUCUCGAUCUAACUUUUAGGUUUCCUUUCUUUGCCUUGCUUUCCUUCUCUGAUCCCGUCUCGAAUUCGAUCUCCGUGGUGGUGGCGAGGUUAAAAGAUUCCCCUUUCUUGGCUAGUGCCCACCGUUCUUCGUUUCCGAUUUGGUUUUAGGGUUCCUUUCGAAUAGAUAGACGUUCUUGAUACAUGCCAAAAAAACUAAGAGACUUCCUUUUUCCCCUUCAUCUGGGUGGAUCCUUCUUUCCUGACUGAAGUGCGCCCGUGAACAAUUGCUGGAAUUCUUAGAUCUUGUCGUGGCUGCUGUACCAGGGCAUCGAGGUACCCGUACUUCUGAAAUCUUUGUUCAAGCGGUCGUGUCGGCGAUGUCUUUAGGGCUUCUUCAUUUGGUUUUGUCCCGAUUGAUUCCGCUCCCUUGGUGAUCCGACUCGAAGAGCGAUCUUUUCCUAUUUAUCUCCUCGUUUGUUAUUCAGAUACGGUUCAUCUAUGCCUGGAGAUUAGGGUUCUUGAUUAUUGCUGUACUGAAGAUCUUUAGUCAUCCUCCUGUCUUUGCGUCUUAUCUUGUCAACUAUUUCCUUGAAGCUCUUCUAGAACCGUUCAUAAAACCGGAUAGUUUCGUAGUUUCACAUCUGAGAUCGUGCGAUGGGUAGUUCUGAUCAAGAGUUUAGCACACCUCCGCCUGCUUCAAGACAGUUUGGUAUAACAAAGCCGAUCUCAACAGCUGGACCUACUGAGACUGAUCUCAAGAGGACAAUUGAGCUUGAAGAAUUCCUGGUUGAUGCCGGGCUCCACGAGAUCAGUGAAGAAGCUACCAAGAGAGAGGAGGUUUUAGGAGAAAUAGAUAAGAUUGUCAAAAGCUGGGUGAAGCAGUUAACACGUCAAAGGGGUUACUCCGAUCAAAUGGUUGAAGAGGCGAAUGCUGUCAUUUUUACAUUUGGUUCUUAUCGCUUGGGGGUUCAUGGGCCUGGGGCUGACAUUGAUACUUUAUGCGUUGGACCUUCCUACGUUAACCGAGAGGAGGACUUUUUCAUUAUCUUGCAUGACAUUUUGGCUGAAAAGGAGGAAGUUUCUGAACUUCAGCCAGUGCCUGAUGCUCAUGUUCCUGUUAUGAAAUUUAAAUUUCAUGGAAUAUCUAUUGAUCUCCUAUAUGCCAGUAUAUCACGGUUGGUUGUUCCUCAGGAUCUGGACAUCUCCCAUGGAUCUGUGCUUUACGAUGUUGAUGAGGCAACUGUUAGAAGUCUUAAUGGCUGCAGGGUAGCAGACCAAAUUCUUCGGCUGGUGCCAAAUAUUGAGAAUUUUAGAACAGCUCUCAGAUGCUUGAAGUUUUGGGCUAAGAGGCGUGGAGUUUAUUCAAAUGUGACUGGAUUUCUUGGGGGUGUUAAUUGGGCUCUAUUGGUUGCUCGUGUCUGCCAGCUUUAUCCUAACGCUGUGCCGAGUAUGCUAGUUUCUCGAUUCUUCAGAGUUUAUACACAAUGGCGCUGGCCAAAUCCAGUAAUGUUGUGUGCUAUUGAGGAAGAUGAACUUGGGUUCCCUGUGUGGGAUCCACGUAAGAACCCACGAGAUCGAACUCAUCAUAUGCCUAUUAUUACUCCGGCAUAUCCAUGCAUGAAUUCUAGCUAUAAUGUAUCAACAAGCACACUGAGAGUCAUGAUGGAACAAUUUCAAAUUGGGAACAAGAUCUGUGAAGAUAUUGAGUUGAACAAGGCAGGUUGGGGGGCUCUGUUUGAGCCCUAUCUUUUCUUUGAGACAUACAAAAAUUAUCUUCAGGUUGACAUUGUCGCUGUUGAUGCUGAGGAUCUACGGUUAUGGAAGGGAUGGGUUGAAUCUCGGUUGAGGCAGUUGACUCUGAAGAUAGAACGGGACACUUAUGGCAUGCUGCAGUGCCAUCCCUACCCCAAUGAGUAUGAGGAUCCCUCAAAGCAGUGUUCGCAUUGUGCUUUCUUUAUGGGCUUGCAAAGGAAACAAGGUGUGAAGAUACAAGAAGGCCAACAGUUUGAUAUACGUGGAACUGUUGAUGAGUUCAGGCAUGAAGUGAACAUGUAUAUGUUCUGGAAACCUGGGAUGGAAUUAUAUGUUUCUCAUGUCCGUAGAAAGCAAAUACCCUCUUAUGUGUUUCCAGAGGGUUACAAGAGGCCUCGUCCAUCAAGGCUCAUCUGCCAGCAGCUGGUUGAUAAAACUUCUGGUGAGGAUAUAGGGGAGGAAUGUGAAGGGGGAUCCUCAGAGCGUCGUCUUAAGCGGAAAGGUGAUGCUGAUUGCUCAGGUGCUAGACCAAAUAAACCUGAGAAACGGGCUUCAAUUAGCCCUACUCAUGAGAAACUUCCAACUACUGAUCAACAAGAUCAUGAAGAGGUGAUAUUCAAUGAUUCAGUGGAUGUUAGAGCUAAUAGUCUGAAGGACUUGAUGGCAGUUAAGGGCAUAGAGGAUUGUGUGGAAGCAUCUUGUGGAAACGACAAAGAUGAGAACGCUAGGAAGCUUGCAAAUGGGUCCUCAUUUUUGGAGUGUGGCGAAGCUUCGGCAGGAGACUUGUUUUGUAAUUCAGAGAUGAUAAAGGUGGAUCUGGAGCAGUUUGCUGGAAGUAAUUGUACCAUUGUGGGUGGCAGCCAAGAACUAGUUGACGAUGACAAACAAGGGACCAGCCCAGAGACGGAACAUUUGAAGAAUGGAUCAGCACAAAAUGGUGUGGCUGAUGUGUCGGAGCCAAACCUGGCACUUGGAGUGGCCCUCGAAGCUCAUGGAAGUGUGACUGCUGAUGCUCCGCAGAAGCCUGCUUUAAGGUUGAGUCUGACUUCAACAGCAUAAACUUUUGUGGUUGGUCAGUCAAAUUAUGUAAUGGAAGCGGCAAGUGAAGUCACCAUCUUAAUUGCCAUUUUGUAAAGCCUGAUCUGCACUUGGUGGGGUAAGUUUUACUGGACUCAUCGCAGUUGAUGUUAUGCAUGCUAACUGUUGUCACAAAGAGGGCAGCCUGCAAGGGAGGAGCAGUUGAAGCGAGCUUCUGUAACGAACUUCGCCGAGGUGUUUAUACUGUAGUCUUAUGUUUGAUCCACGAGAUGAUUUGAGCUUCAAAACUCUUCUCGAUGGAAAAUUAUUCAGAUUUCAGGCUCUAUGACAAGCCAUGGCAAUGCCUGCUGUCUGGAAUGGUGUAAUUUAAGUUUCUUAAGUGCCAGACCCUGGACCAAGGUUCUAUAUCUAGGUUUUAGAUCAAGUUAGCCUUUCAAUUUUAUUCUGUUUAUUUUAGAAGAACCCUGUGCACUUGGUCACCUUGUAAAAUAAUAGUUUCUUCUUGUAUGAGUUUAUUCUGUAUCACUACUUUCCCGUCGUUAGUAAGAUUACGUCAUUAGCUCUCA